UGUAGUUUUGUCCGUAUUGGUUUUAAUUUUGCAACGUCAUUGAUAGAAGCCAUUAUCAUUGAUUACGAAUUUCCGUUUUUGUAUUAUUGAGAGUUCCCAUACCUUGAUCACAAUGAAUAUAGGUACUGCGACGAGUGAAGAAAAUCCAACCCAUUCAUACCUGGGCUCAAGAGGAAUCUGGAUCACAUAUGUGUUAAUUUUACUAAUUACACACUUUAUGCUUCUGACAAUUCCGUUUUUCUCGGUAGCUGUUGCUUGGACCCUAACUAAUGUCGUCCAUUGUGUGAUUACAUACUUCAUGCUACAUGUUACCAAGGGAACACCUUGGGGAACACCUGAGCAGGGAAAAGCCAGGACCCAAACUCAAUGGGAACAAAUCGACUUUGGACAACAAUUCACUCCUACCAAGAAAUUUUUAACUGUCGUACCUGUAGCAAUAUUUUUCCUGGCGAGUUUUUACACAAAGUAUGAUACAACUCAUUUCUGUAUAAACCUGAUCGCGCUCGGUUUUAGCGUUAUACCCAAACUGCCUCAGUUACACGGUGUGCGGAUCUUCAACAUUAACAAGUGGUGAAAUCCAGAUCAAGACAUAAUUAUUUUCUUCAGACAAGUUAAGUCUUAAAAAAAGGUCAUUUUUCUUUUUUCCCAACUAUAGUAAGUUGUAGCUGAUGAUCUGGUGACAAUUUCUGUUUCCAUGGGAACAUUGAAACUGACUGAUUCAGCAAGUGUGAAUCGUUGGAAGGUUUUGACAAAGGAGUCAUUUCAUUAUUAUGUGAUAGUGCUAUAUUAUUUCAUGUCCCAUAAAAAAUGAUGUAAGCAAAACAAAAACUGGAAACAAUGAAGUGUAACUGUUUAUGACAUUGCAAAAUAUUAAAGAAUGAUACAAAGAGAUUAAUACUGAAAGAGAGAAAAAGAAUGAGUGAAAGAUGGAAUAUUGAUACUGAUUGAGUGGUAGCCAGCUAGUAGAGCAAAAGCACAGUUCUUUUUUAUUAUUGCUGUAAGAAAGAUUGUACCAGUUUAUUAAAAUGUUGAAAGAAAAUGAGAGAGAUAAAAGAGUUUGCUAAUGCAGUCUUUUUUUUUCAGAAAGACAAUAUAUAAUACAUAUAUAUCUGUACGAUUCAGGAUGAUUAUGAAAGAAAUAUUUUGAUAAUUUAGUGAGUUGGAAAACACAAUUUUACUUCAAAAUAAUGACGGAAACUGUGAAACUGGUAUUGAAUUUUUUGUCUCUUAAACACUCAUAUAUAUAGUACAUGUACCAGUACAUGCAUUUAUGUGAACAUGAUCUAACUGCCAACAAAAUUGGAAGGUUCAUGUGCUUAGGUCCAGUUUGGAGUUUCUUGCAAAUGUUCAGUAAAUAUUGGUAGCUUAUUUCAACUAUUAAGCAGAUCGUGACUGGUUUGUUUUACAGUACAUAUUUGUUUUUGGCUGUAAGUCAUUAGAAAAACCAUGAUUGGUUUGUUCUACAUAUAUUUCAAUUAAGAGGUUAAGGACACUGCUAUUUAAAGUCUCAGUUUUGCUUCAAAAUAAGCAAGCACUGCUUCAAAGGAGAAAUUUUACAUAAAGUCUUUCUAUUCAUAUAUCAAAUGUAGCUCAGAGACUUGUGGAAAAUCUUUUUUCAGGAAAUAAAUCAUUGCAACUUUUUGGGCCUUUCAGGCAGAGCUUGAAAGACACCUUAAAUGUAUUUACACCCUAGGAUGUUAUAAUUCAGACAAAAUGGAGUCACAUCCCAUCCAUUUAAUUAAGUAUGAACUAGACAUAUCCCAAUAUUUGUAUGUCUUUUCUAUGAUAAUUGAGGCUUUAUCAUUGAAUUUGAUGAAGUUUUGCUCAAACUUCAACAGAUAAUACAAUAUAUGUACUGUAUAUCAGGUUAUUUUUUAAGAAGGGGGGGGUUGUUAUCAUGCAUGCCUACUUAUUACAUUCUAGGUCGUUUUCCGCUUGUCUGAAAGGCUGAAAAAGCUGUGAUUGAUUGUAAAAAUCAGUUUUUGAAACCAGCUAAUCGAAGUGAAGAGAAUAUUCAAUGUGUGCACAUUGUAAAAUUGUUAUUUUUAAUACAUAUACAUAUGAUAAAAAGAAUAUUUUUUGGCAAGGAAACUAUAUCCCAUGGGUUGGGCUAAAAUUUGUAUACAAAGUCCUGGUGUUACUUUGAUAGUAUUAUUAUUUAUAGCUAAAAAGUAUUUACUUGGUUUUUUUCAGCUGUAUGUUUGAUGCAUUGUACAAUUUACAUACUUUCCAAUCUCUGUUGCUUGAGAAGUGCAGACAUGACCUGAAUUUUUACUUGCCCAAUUAAUAUGAUAAUCCAUUCAGCUGAGUUCCGUUGAGAACCAAUUCAUAGAUCGUUAUAACUGGGUAAGGGAGAUGUACAAUUUGACGUGAAAAUCGUCCAAACAGUAUGAAUGCAUGUACAAGUGAGAAUUAAUUGUCUGCUUUUUAUGCCUUGGCUUUAUGUUGCUAUUGAUGUUUUAGUCCGUCAGUGGUCAAGUGUUGAUGAAAAAUCAUGUUUACAAGAUGUUUAAUAUAUUUUUUCCAUAACAAGGAGAAAGAAGAGGGUGUGUGCCAAUAUAUUCAGAAACGGACAAUUAUCGAAAAGAAAAAUGAGGCUCGUAUGUACAUGACAAAGCAAGUGAUUUGAUGACCAUGUUUUAGAAUGUGAAUAAUUACGUAUAUAUAUAUCUAUUGCACUGAUGGAGAAACUCUAAUUCCAUUGUCUUUUAGAGCAGUAGUUCUCAAACUCUCUCAAUGAUGUUUAUUGAUUUUUUUUUACAUGUACAGAAUUAUUUUAUUUAAUAAAUUUGAAAUGCCUUG